CCCAACGCCUUGACCUGGACCUUUUGUUUCUCAUUGAGCUGUGAGUCCAAAAUGGCAACCGUGUCUUCUUCCAAGAGUUGCAUGAGUUUCUUCGCCCCCUCGUGCAUCUGAGGGACGUACUGGAAGAGAAGUCUGGCAUCAACGGGCCUCGACUCCCAGUCCUUUCCAGCGUAAGUGUCCAGCCACUCUUCUAAAACUACACGAAGUCCUGCGAACCGCUUGCCAGCGCCGAUGAGUUGAAUACUGUCUGGGUCAAUGCUACGGCCUUUAUUUGGGCAUGACCGGGUUUUCGCCAAGAAAACAUUCGUCCUCGUCGAACUACUGCCUGCAUCGAUUACAACAAGUGCUUGCAAGGAAUCGUGGCACCGAGUUUCCAGAUUUCGGAGGGUCUGCAGGUGUUUCUUCCCGACAUUAAUCCGCUUUUCAGUGUCAGCGUCCACUCCCCGGAGUGACGAUGAGUCUGUGCCAAGGCUUCCUUGUGGGAGGGACAAACUAACUCCAAACACCAGCAAGAGAGGCACAUACACCGGCAACCACAUGAUGCCUACCUAUAAACGGCAGCUGAUUCGUACGAACACAACAGUAAAGGCAAGACGCGUCGAUCGUCAAAAAAACUGAACAGCAGCUCGAACCUGGUUCUACUGACCGCUUUGGUGACGCGGAAAGUACACUGGAAGCUGCGGUAGAAUGAAAGAGGUACCGGGAUCGACCGGUGCGGCUUCUUUAACCCCAGGUUUCUGUUAUCAUGGGAGCUGCUCCUGGGCUACCCCCAACGUCGCUUCCGCGGGCGCGUCGGUGCCACCCAGCUUUCCCCUCACUCACCCCGCCGCUGCGUUCGCUUUUUGGUGUGUCUCCCGGUCGGGUGUUGCCGACGAUGUAGACGCGCGAUGGGCUCAGUAUGCUUUCAAUUCAACGCUCCUCCGCCGGUCAAGCUGUGCUGCCCUUCGUUUUUUAUAGUAAAAACGUCUUCGGAGCGUUGCAUCUACGACCCCUACACUACUUCACCUCUAGAACGGACGAUUUUUCGUGGCCUACGGAGAAAAUGGCGAAGAUCUCGCGCGUUGGUGGCGGCCGCCGCGCCCUUACCCGGCCCCUGGCGGCGACUCUCGGUUUUUUCCUCCUCUCUCCCGCGAGUUUGACUCAGGUUCUGUUCGGGUCGGAGGCUCCGAACGGAGUUGUGUCAGUUCGUGCAUCAGACGUCAACACCGAGGGAGAUGCCACGGUUGCGAACCCCGAGGAGCGCGGCGAACUGGGGCAGGACUUGCCGAGCGCCGACGACGUGAACGAGGCAGGUGAGUCUGCACAGGACGGUGUCGAGGCCGCAGACCUAGAAGAGGUCGCUGAACUCUUCGGUGGAGAAGGCGGACUGGCGGGUCUUAGUGAUUUCUUUAGAGACGCAGUGGGUUCCAACGAAUUCAACGACACGCUUGAAGCGCUCGCUGAAGGCGUUGGCCUUCCCAAAGAACACCCCUUUACUUCAGAGACUGAGUCUGUCGAGGCUGGGGUUGUUCCGGAACCUGAAUCGGUCGAGGCCGAAGUUGUUCCUGGACAUGAAGGUCUUUCGGAGGCUGACAUUGUUCCGCCCGAAGUUUUUUCUGAGCCUGAAGCUAUUCCGGAGGCUGACAUUGUUCCGCCCGAAGUUUUUUCUGAGCCUGAAGCUAUUCCGGAGGCUGACAUUGUUCCGCCCGAAGUUUUUUCUGAACCUGAAGCUAUUCCGGAGGCUGACAUUGUUCCGCCCGAAGUUUUUUCUGAACCUGAAGCUAUUCCGGAGGCUGACAAUGUUCAGCAUGAAGUUGUUCAGUCACCUGAAACCAUGGGGGUUGAAACCUCACUAUUUGGGAGUGAAGCUGCUGGAGAGCUCCAGGAGCCGGAGUUGGCUGGUGAAACCCGAGUCACGACCGCACUGCCUUUCCUAGAUGACAACAAUUCUCUAACGAUGGACAUGGAGAACGCAGUCGGCAUGGAAGGGGACGCCACCACCAUGGGAGGCCUUGCGAGUUUCGCGACUGAAGAAGCUCACGCGAAACCACAGGAGGACGCGGCUUACGGCAACAAGGCGAGGAUCGCGUCGCAGACGCAGCAACCUGCCAAAGCGUCCCUGAUGAAAAGGAUCGGAGCCACGAUUGCCUCACUCCUCGCUAUGGGGGGUCUGGCGUACGCUGGUCACAAGUAUUUCCGCGGCCAGUCCGCCGCUUCUGGGUCGCAGCAGCCUGCGGCCGGCGACAAGAAGGACUAAUUUUCUCUAGAUCCAAGCCUCGGAACGUUCUACGGGCACAACGCCUCGAUGUUUUUUCAGAAUCCUCGCGCUCACGUAAACAAUAUUGGGUAUGUGGCAGAAGCCCGUGCGGCACUGUCACGUACACAGCACAAGUGGAGAGGCAAAGCAGGCGGAUAGCAUCGGGAAAUUGACAAGCUAGACUCUUUAGUGACGAUGUCCCCGAAUCCCUCCUUUCGUGAAGCUUCCGAGGAUAAGCAGAGAUGCACGAGGUCAGGGCGGCCACUCGACCCUGGGUGCAGAACGCACACACGCAGGCGCCUGUUUCACUGGAACACAGCAUAGAGCUCUAAGCCGACGGUGGAAGUCGGUAGACGUAAACUUGCUAUAUAUGCGUAUGUAUCUCUAUAAAAGUCGUUUAACCCUUUCUUCUGUGGCCACCCUUGUGGACACCGCACGCCUCAAUUCGUUGGUGCUGCGGGGUUUUGUAAUUUGUCCCAGUGACGAUUUUUCAGUGGGCGAACUAUCACGUGGAGAGUCGAUAUUGCCCUUUUGUUACACGUGAGGCUUUUUUUUCAAACAGUCUUCGUCGCCGUGAAUAAAUUGUAAGUCAGGAGUGAAGCGGCAGAUGCUUCGUGUCCAGUCCCGAUGAACUGCUAGGCAUCCCGCUUCUGCAAGACCGACGCUGUUCGCUUCUUGCCACACGGAUGCGGAAGAGUCUUUUCCGGGCAGGUUCGAGCCCGCAGAUAUAGCGCAACUGGACUGCGGUGCGGACAGCCCAUUUUCUGAGAUUUUGACCCUAGUGCUGCGCCUCUGUUAGUACCGGUUCACCUGUAGCUGGGUGGACGCCAGAGAUGGUCUUUCCGAUGGAAGCUGCAGGGUAUGCAUGCUAGACACAGCGAACAACCAGCAUUUGCGAGGAACUCACCGCAUUUCUGUUUGCACCUUCACAUGGCAUACAAGGAGUCACGGCACCACUGGAUGCACCCGGACCCCAUUGGGUUCCGGUCGUAGGUUAGCAUUGAAAACUGAUAGGGCUAAUUAGACACACGUGUGCUUUGCGUCGGUCUUUGCUCUAGUUACCGAAAGGUAAACCCUGUGAAAUACGGACCAGUUAGUAGAAGAAAAGGCAACACACGUG